AUGGAUGUGAAAUUAAAUCUUGUUUAACUGCACCAAGAACUUCAGAUUAUGAUUACAAGAAAACGUAACAAUUACUUUGACUCAACUUGCACUGACUCAAAAUAUCGGUAGGGAUGUGUUUUUUUACCUGAUGAAUGUUAAAGUAUGUCAGAAAAUAAAGUUUAUAAAAAAAGGGGAUUCUUGUUAUUGUAGCCUAUGCAUCUCCAAAUCAUCUGA